UCAGAAGAAUUUAUAUGAGCAUGGGAAAUUAUUUUCGUGUCAAAGGCCUCAAUGGCUGCCGUAUAUGAGAAUAUUUCUAGUUUCUGUCAAUUUAUCACCAUAUUUAUUGAGUUGAUAAAGUCUCGUGAAUUUUUUCCAUGAAACUUGCAAUUCUCCAUUAAAUACAUAUGUAAUUCGUAAUUGAGAAUAGUGUCUUUAAAGAGGCAAAAUUAACGGAAAAGAUGAGUCGAUCGAUCGAUGUCGUGAAAGUUGAGGAAAUUCUAACAAAAAGCAGUAGUCUUAUUAGAGACGAUACUUUAAACUCCUGUGAAACAGUUAGUGAGUCUUUAAUAAUUCCAGAAACAUUAGAUACUGUUGAAGUUAAUAAAGAUGGAUAUUUUACACACAAUGGACAUCUUAUUGAAAUUGUUAUGGACUACGAGUGUGUCACGUGCCACAGAAUCUUCCAGAAUAAAGACUUGCUGACGGAGCAUUUAGAAGUCUGCAGAGAGGAGGACGAUGAUAGAAAUAUUUUGGAUUUGGGAAAUCUCGAGGAAUAUUACGAAUCGGACGAAGAUGAAGGCGAUGAUGAUGAUGAUGAUGAAGAUGAUGAUGGCGACGAUGCCGAUGAUGUUGACGAUCCAAAAUUGUCACUUUCCGAUGAUAAAUCUUCCGAUUCAGAUCGAUUGAAAAAUAACAAUGAGAAACCGAAUAUAAAACCAGUGUCGGAGAAUCAGUGUCAUUGUUGUGGUGAGGAUUUGAAAAAAGCCCACAAAGGCGGUCCACACAAAUGUAACGAAUGCGAUCUCUCAUUUAAAAAAGCCGCUUCCCUUCAAAGACAUACAAUCAUUAUUCAUUGGGAGAACGAGAAUCACACUUGUAAUCUUUGCGACGCCACAUUUCGUGAUAAAAAAUCAUUGGAUAAACAUAAAUACACGACGCACGCUACCAAUAAAGUUUACAAAUGCGAGCGUUGCGAUAAAUAUUUUUCAAGAAGUUAUCAUUUGAAUCGACACAAACUUCAAUCGGGAUGUCACGGACAAUUGCAGAAUACGUUCUCUUGUCAAGUUUGCAGCAAGGAAUUCACAAGAAAAGACAAUUUACGUGAGCAUUUGCGUUCGCACGCGGGAAAUCAGACGCGACAAAAAAAGCGAUGCUCCCAAUGUCCAAAGGAAUUUUACACAUCGCAACAAUUAAUAAUUCACGAGCGAAUGCACACGGGAGAGAAGCCAAUAAAUUGCGAUCUAUGUACAAAAUCAUUUAAUUCAACGCUCGCAAUGAAAAAGCAUCGUCGCGUUCACACCGGAGAAAAGCCAUACGAGUGCAAAUUUCAUUCUGGAUAUACCGACAAAAUCUGCCAGAAGAAAUUUGCCGCGAGGGAAACGUUAAAUCGUCAUCAGAGAAUUCACACGGGGGAGAAGCCGCACGUUUGUCAGUAUUGCAAAAAAUCGUUUAUUCAAGCGGCACAAUUGCGAGCUCAUAUAUUCCAUCACACGGGCGAAAAUGGUUUUAAUUGUGAGGACUGUGGAAAGACGUUCAAUCGCAAGGCGCGUCUCACUGUUCACAGAAAAUUUGUCCACGAGGGCGUAACUCCAUUUUUAUGCGACGUCUGCAAAAGACCAUUCACUCGAAAGGAGGAUCUGGCAAAACACACUCUCCUUCACACCGGACUCAAACCGCACAAGUGUACAAAGUGUGAGAAAUCGUUCGCGACAAAAUCGUCGCUGCAGGCGCACUUGAAUACUCAUAGACGGGAACCGCCGCAAUCGUGCGCCGAAUGCGGAAGAGCUUUCAUUCGUCAGGAUUGUUUAAUGAGACAUAUUCGCGCCAAGCAUCGUGAUUUACUGGAGGACAUAAUGGGCGAGGCGGAGAAACGUCACUUGCAAUUGCAACUUUUUAAUAUCGCAAAUACAGCUGCCGAGAAGCAUAAAAAAGGCUCGUCAAGCACACUCAGCGCCGAUCAAUUACUAAAGGCAAUUGUCGAUCUUCUAACGAUUCUCAUCGAAGAGGAAACGUUGCAGAUCUUUGGCUGGCCGACUGAACCGGUUCAAGAUAUUUUGGAGGCAGUGAUCAGAAGAUGUGGACAUGUACCAGUUACAGGCGAUAGUGAUUUGCCCUUUGAGGAAAGAUUGAGGGCAAAUGUUAAACUUUUAUUCACCGUUGUUAUUGAAGAUCAAAAUGUGAAAAAACUCCUCACUAUACAAACAGUCGAUGAGGUUAUACUCCAUGUUCUCAAACUCUCCAAGGAUUUAGCAAAAUCUACCGAACAAUCUAUCGAAACUCUGUGAGACUUUUUUUUCCGUCGAGAAGAAUGGGCUAAACUUUUUUUCUCGAAUUCAAAAAAGAAUAUUUUUUUCUUUGUUUUUUUUUUCAUUUUUGGAAGUUUUUCUGUUUUUCACAUACUUUUUCAUUCAUAUUUCUCUGUUUUUCAUUUUUAAAAUU